CGCUCCAAAGAGACUGGAAUUUUCAGUGCAGAUUACAGAGGAUGGGAGGAAGAGCAAUGUCGCAGCCACGCGAUGAGGACGACGUUAUCAAGAGGAAGGGGAAGGCUUUAAGAACCACCGCGGAACAUCUCCUUCCUUCGGCGGCACCGCCGCCAUUUCUUCCUGAUGAGAUCAUCACCGAAAUCCUGCUGAGGCUUCCAGCGAGGUUGCUUGUUCAGUUAAGGAGUGUCUGCAGUUCAUGGAAAACCCUAAUUUCCAGCUCCCGAUUCGCCAGCGAUCAUCUUCGCCGUUCAAUCACCGCCGCAGAACCAAGCUUGAGCGAGCCACGAAUCGCUUAUCCUAGAUGGUGGCAUAAACACAACAAAUUCGGAGAUUUCUCCGUACGAUCCGUGUUCGAGAAGCCUUCUACGGAAGGGAUUUGCUUCGAGGGAAAACGUGACUACAACAUUAUUGGCUCUUGCAAUGGAUUACUCUGCUUGGUUGAUGCUGAUCAUAAUAAGUUCCACAACCGUGUGAAUGUCAUCUUGUGGAACCCCUGCACUGGAUUGACAUCUCAAGAACUGGAAUUUGAGGGUUUAUUGAAUGUUUGUGGCUUCGGCUAUGACCAUGUUAGUGACAGUUACAAGCUUGUUGGAAUUGUAAAUGAGGAAGAGAAAACACUAAAACCUCAUAAAUCUGCAACCACUAUAUAUACAAUUGGAUUGAAUUCUUCAUGGAGAAAGAUUCAGGAUAUGGCAUUUAAGGCCAGAUAUAUAGAGAAUAAGGAAGGGGUAUUCGUCCCCGGCAGCGGAACUCUUAAUUGGAUUGUUCCAGGUGAUGGUGCUUUUAAUCCCAUGGUUCUUUCCCUUGAUUUGGAGAAGGAGACUCAUAGUUUGUUUUCCCCACCUAAUCAUAAGGAUAUGUAUUGUCAUUUCAAAAUCCUAAAGUUAUGUGUGCUGAGGAACUACCUUGCAAUUUGUUGUGAACAUAGAACUCAUUGCCCUGUGUGGUUGAUGAAGGAGUAUGGAGUGUCUGAAUCUUGGACUAAAUUGGCCAUGAUCCCACAGUACCUUAACAUACACGUUACUCCUCUGUAUCUUUGGGAAAAUGAUGUUCUUCUGGGGACUGCUGCUCCUUAUUCAAGAAUAAUUAGGUAUAACUUAAACAAUGGCAACUUUAAGUUCCCUGUCAUUGAUGGCCACAGGGAUGGCAUGAUGAAAGUUGCUCCUUUGUCUAAGCACCCGAUGGCAGCGAAGCGAUUCCAUGUUUAUCAUGAAAGCUUGGUUUCUCCAUCACACUGUGGUCUUCUAAGUAGCACAUCUGAAAUGCGUUGGAUCAAACUCAUCAAAGUCAUAAAAAACCCAUGUCUACAAUCUCUUCCAAGUGAAUUCCUCUAUUGGCACACGCAGUCACGUGGCCCACGGAAAAAGAAAUAGGAAUUGGAAAUUGUCAAGUACAUACUCUACUGUAGUCUGUAGUGCAGUAGGGAAGUUAAAAGUUUGUGAAGCUAAACCUUUUCGCCGUCGUGGCCGCCGCUAACCUCUCUUGAAGUUGUUAUGGAGCAGCCACAUGAUUAUAACGAGAGGGAGAGGAAGAUGAAGCCUUCAAGAGUCACCAUAAACUCCCCAAAACGGUCGCUGUCUUCAACGGUAACGCAAUCGCAGCCGCUGCUGUUCUUUCCGGAUGAACUCAUUAGGGAAAUCUUGUUGAGGCUUCCAGCAAGGUCACUGGUUCGGUUACAGAGAGUGUGCAGUUCAUGGAAAACCCUAAUUUCCAGCUCUCAAUUCGCCAAAGACCAUCUUCAACAUUCAACCGCCGCGGGUCCAAGUUUGAGUGGGCCACGAGUUGCUUAUCAUCAUAGUUGCAGCUACGGAUUCGGAGAUUUCUCCUUACGCUCUUUGGUCGAGAACCCUUCCAAACCUACGGAAGUCGUUCUCUUCGAGGAGAGACGUAACCACAGAGUUAUUGGCUCUUGCAAUGGAUUGCUGUGCUUGCUGUUUCAUGUUGAUGGCAUCAACAUCUUUGUCAGGUUGUGGAAUCCCUGUACUGGAUUAUUGACACCCCCAUCGGUGGGAUGUGGAGAUUUCUUAUCGGUUUGCGGCUUCGGCUAUGAUCAUGUGAAUGACAACUACAAGUUUGUUGGGAUUGUAAAUCACAUGGGGGAAUAUAACACUAGAAUUUAUACAUUUUGCCGCAACCCUUCCAAUAGAGCCAUUCAAGAGAUCCCAUUUAACAGCAUAAUGGGUGAUGAUAAAGGGGUAUUUGUGCCUGGCACCGCCACUCUUAGCUGGAUUCGUAGCCAUGCCAUCCUGGGUUGCUUGGUUUUUUCCCUUGACUUGGUGAAGGAGACUUUUAGUGAGUUUUCCCUGCCCUUCAGUGAUCCGCAUGGUAAAAUCUUCUUCUUCCCACGGUUAUGUGUGCUGAGGAACUGCCUUUCAUAUUGUUUUAAUCAUGAGAAAACUCAUUGGUUCGUGUGGAUCAUGAUGGAGUAUGGAGUGCCUGAAUCUUGGACUAAAUUGGCCAUCAUCCCCUGCGUUCCGCGUCUAUCUGAUUAUCAUUUACGUCCAUUGUAUAUCUGGGGAAACAAUAUUCUUGUGGCGGUUGCAACACCUUCAAGGAUAGUUCUGUAUAAUUUGGAUAAUGGUAGCUUUGAAUUUCCUGUAUUGAAACCUACUCCUUCAAUAGGAUUGUCCGUCUUUAUUUAUCACGAAAGCUUAGUUUCACCACUAUAUCCUGGCCUUACAAAUAGCUCAUCCCAAAUUCAGUUAAUCAAACCCUAACGGACAAGCUGUCUUCUGAAUAAUGGUUUGAUUCUAGUCAACUCCUAUGCCUUCUUUAUGAGUUUUGACUUUUGAGAAUUUAUCUGUUCUUAUUGCUUUUCUAAUUUAGUGAUUAUUUAUCUAGUU